UCCCCUAGAUUGCUUUGAGCCUAUGAACGUUAUUAAAAAUCUUUCUUCCAUUAAUGAACGAGACCAUCUCUGCAAGGAAAUCAACAUUUCUUGAAGAAAAAAGCCGGGAGACAUAAGGUGAUAACUCUUACGAAAAUUUUCUCUCCACCGUCAUAUCUAACGCCUUCAAACCAAACUGAAUUUUCUCCGUGUUGACACGGACGAGAUACUUUGGUCGGUUAUUUGUAAUCUCAUAUUUCUUUGCCACCUGGCAUAUUGCACGGAAAGCAUCCACAAUUGCCAUUCCCCUCUCUCUCAAAUUCAAUGGUGGUAGUCAUUCAAAACUAUUUUCGUUGAAUGCAUAGAAUUUUCAGGAGGAGGAGAUUCCUUCCCUGCCAGGAAACAAUAACACAGGUUUCUGUCAACACCUAUUUCAAGUUUUGUACAAAAUGGACGAUCCGUACAAGACAGAAUCUUCGAGACCCCGUUCACGGAUUGGCGUAAACAUUCGGCCACGGGUGGUACUCAACACGAAAUCAAUAUUGUCAAAACAGGCUAAGAAGAUUGCCAAGCAAGCUGAAGAACAUGAGUGCUUUAUUAAUAAGGUUACUCACUUUUGUGGGGUCCUUGGUUUUGGGACAUUUUGCUUUUUACUUGGGUCAAGACCCCAGGAUAUUCCCUACUUGUACUGUGGCCUCUUAUUUGUCAUGAUUCCACUCCGCUGGAUAUAUUAUAAGUUUAAAAAGUUGCAUUACUACUUGCUUGAUUUCUGCUACUAUGCCAAUUGUAUUUUUGUGAUCACGAUACUGAUCUUCCCAAGUAACAAGAAACUAUUCAUGGUCUGCUUUUCCUUUGCAGAAGGCCCCUUGGCUUGGGCAAUAAUUGUCUGGCGAUGCAGUCUCGUAUUUAGCUCUUUUGACAAAAUUCUCAGUGUUUUGAUACAUCUUCUUCCAGGGAUUGUAUUUUUUGUUAUACGGUGGACUUCAAGUGUACCUUUUGUUGAUGCACAUCAAACAACUGGUCUUGGACUCCUGUGGCCCACUGUUGAUGAUGAAGCUUCACUGUGGUCAUGGCUAUUCUUUGUUCCUCUUAUAGCCUAUGGUGUGUGGCAAGUGUUUUAUAUUCUAAUUGUCAAUGUCUUACGGUACCAGAGAUUGUUAAAGGACCCAGAAGUGAUUACAUCUUUCAGAGAGUUGUCAAAGAAAGCUCAUAAUGCUAAUAAUGUAUGGUGGCGACUAAGUGGCUUGCUUGGUGAUCAAAACCGUGUUGUCAUGUAUGUUGCGUUCCAAGCUGCAUUUACUAUUGCAACGAUGGCACUUACUGUUCCCAUUUUCAAGUCCUAUAAAAUGCAUGCUGCCUUUGAGAUAUUGAAGGUCUCAGCUACAGUUUGGAAUGGAGGAAACUAUGUCAUUGAGGUGAUGCCAAGACAGGUAGCCGUGAAAGAAAAGAAAAAAAUAGAAGUGCAGCAACCUUCUGAUCGCAAAAUACCUUCUGUUAGCAUAACUGAUGAUGUCAGUAAUGGUAAUGCAAACAAGUCAUCAGAUAUGACAAAGUGAGAAAAUCAUUUGUUACUAAAGAUGGGGUUUAAGCAUUCAGACUGCAGGAAUCGGAAAUGCGUCGUGCAACAAAUGUCUUUAUGACAGUGGCCUUGCAUUCAUGCGAACAGUUUACAGUCGACUAAGGAUGCCUUCAUAAAUUGCUUGAUCUGCUUUAGUGAUGUUCAGAGGGUUUAAUUUGCAUGGCCAUUACUUGUGUUGGCAUUUUAAAAUAUUUAUGCUUUUGUGAAUAUAUGCCGCUUUCUUACCUUAAUCCUUGUUCAUAUUUGGUCAUGUUCUUGCCUUCAUAUAUAAAAUGACAGUUUUAUCCAA